UCGCGAUUUAUUAAUUCCUUUUUUAGACAGUAGGUAAAAUACAGAAAAGACGUCAAACAUGUGGAUAAGGGAUCGGAGAUCAUUUUAUAUAAAUUAAAAUGCAUGUUUACAAAUUAAAAACUUAAAACAUAACAGACAUAAUAAUGAAUCCAGUUCUGAGUCUUACAAUAAUUAUAAUAAACAUCAAUAUGAUUUAUGGAAUUCCGGAUUUUAAUCUGUUUCCUUUCGAGAUAGACGAGGAUUUACUUUUCGCUCUUGGAUAUCACCGAUGGCAUCAAAACAAUCAUGGCCUAACUAAUAACUGGUUUCAAAGAAAUACUUUACCAAACCACAACGUUGCAAAUAUAUUAAAACCAAGACAAUCCUUAAAAAGUUGGCUUCUGCAGCAGAUUUCUAAGUCGAAGAUUCAAACAUUUAGGACGUCAUCUGCCUCGUCAUCAACGCGGCAAAAUGAAGUCUCAACACCAUCGCUUCUGAAAUUACUUUCUACGCAGACGCAACAGGAAGUGGAACAUAUAAACUAUUCAAAUGACGAUGAUUCGCAUAAAAACGUUUACCAUAAAAAUUCAGAUUUAAGCUUUGAAAAAUCAAAGGACAAUUUGAAUGCUGAAAUAAUUGAUCUUCCAGUGAAUAAGUUCGAUACUAUUCCACAAUUUAAUUCACAUCAAAGUGCUUCAAAGGAACAAUUCGACUCACAUCAAAGUGCUUUAAAGGAACAGGACAGCUAUCCUUCAAUAGAUAAGAGUAACACUGUUUCACCUUAUGUUACUACUAGAACACAUGCAAGUACCAUUUCGGAAACUUCUGUUUCAGAAUCAUCAACUACUAGAAAAACAUCUGUUGAAUCCAAGCUGGAUCAAAAAAGACAUAAAACAAAAAAUGUUGAAAAAAAUGUUGCUAUGGUGAUAACUACGACAACGGCGGUGCCUAGUACUAUAACCGUUGUAAAAAUUUCACCUGAACCAUCAACGAUUUCGCUUCUACAAGAUGUCCGUAAAAACCUUAGCAAUGGGAAAACGCUAGAAUCCGGUGGCUUGACUUUUUUUGAUGAAGAGAAAAAUAAAGAUACUGUACAAUAUUUACAGCCGAUGAAAAACACCGAGGAGAUAUUUCGUAACGACUUAAAACAAAUAUUUAAACACGUGACCACAACUCCUGGCUCAAGUUUGCUUGACCCACAAUACACAAUCACCAAAGAAUACAAGCCUGCAACUGUCGAAUUCAGACCUUUAUCUGAAAUCUAUAAAAUUGUUACACCUGCAUAUAGAGACAUUAUAAGUAGAAAUAGUUCCAAGGAUACAAUUUCUGUUCGAUCAAGACAAAAUGGCGAGAUAUUUUUAAAAGUGCAAAAUGAUUCUCCAUUCAGUAAACAAUCUAAAGAUAAAACACACGAGGAAAACAGGAUAUUUCACGUGCCCUCAGUAACUGCAACAACACAAUGGCCUUUUCUAAAUGGAUUAACAGUGAAUUCAUUUGAUUCUACUUUCAAAUCACCCAUUGAAAGUCAUGAAUCUUUGGUGGCAGCUCCGACAAAAUCUACUCCAACUAAAAGAUCUUCUGCUGUUGGGGUUCCAGUACAACUACCUGUUAUUUCAUCAGAUAUGGUACAAGAAAAUUAUCUUGCUAAUAUAGCCAUGAAUAAUGGGAACAUUGUGGCUUUAGAAAGGAUUGCUGCUCAAGGCGCAUGUACUGGUUGUAAGAUGGAGAACGGAGCCGGUUACAACAGCCACCCGACAGAUUGUAAUAAAUAUACUCAGUGUUUGUUCGAUAAAGAAGGUUUGGUGACAGCAUUCUACAGAGACUGUCCGUGGGGACAAUAUUGGAACCAGGACAUUCUCUCCUGUCAACCACCAAAACAUGCAAUGUGUAAAAAUGAUCCAUGCUUGAAUGUCCGGUUCGAAACCUAUGCAGCUAAAUCAUCUUGUAAAGCUUAUUGGGAAUGUCAAGGUCAUUCUGUCCCGAUGUGUUGCCCUCAAGGUCAAGCUUAUCUCCCUAAUGUCGGCUGUGUUCCAGAUACCAGUUGUCAUGAUGAAUGCCAGUCGGAUAAUGUUCCAAAAUAUUCAGGGUGUGACAAGCGUAUUCAUUCGAGUGAUCCCGCCAUGUUUGAACAACUGGUACCUGGUCACGGCUGGGUCAAGAUGCAUUGUGCCGCUGGAACACAGUUCAGUCCUGCAGAAUGUUCCUGCUCGUUGACUACGUCCAGUAAAUAUCUCCCACAAGAAUGCAAGUCUCUAAUGUUUCUGGAGUUUACAAAUCACAUCAGUGAUAGUUCCGGAAAUGACGUUUUUGUCAGCAAUGAAAAUGUUCAAGUCAAAGACGGAGUAGCAUAUUUCAACGGAAGUGCUCGACUGGUUAUUCCGCAAUUUACAAACGCCGAACUUGGAAAUAAUUUUGGAUUUCGGAUUAGAUUUAAAGAGACCAAGGCAUUUCCUAGCAGUGGUUUGAGGCAGAGCAUAAUCAACAAUGGCGACUGUGGUGAUCUUGGGUCUGUUCGAUUGACCAUAAACGACAACAAUGUAGAGUUUGGUCUUGAGACAGAUGGUGAAGAAAGACAUAAGGAACUGAGUAUACGAAAACCAUCAGUCGAAUGGACAGAAGUUGUUUACUACGUAACUGACAAUAAAUUGAAUGGAUGGGUUAAUGGAGAGGCAAGCUCAGUAAAAGCUUCAGGUCAGAUUGAGAAGAGAAAAUGCGCACUUCAAAUAGGUCACGGUGAAGGAUUCAGUAACUUUGUUGGUUUUAUAGACGAGGUGGAAUUCUUUAGAUGUGAUUCGGGUGACUGGAAACGUUAUUCAUCCGUAAAUCCGAUAUUACCGAUCGUCACACCAACUAAAUCGAUUACAAAAUCUACAACAAAGAGCCCUAUAACCUCCACGAAAAGGUCAACCGAAAAAAGUACCUUGUCAAAUAAUGGAAUUUUUGUUACCAUACCAACAGAACCAGCUACCAUCCCACAGACAACAAGAUAUUGGAUUGACAAAACACUUCCGCCGAUUGAUUUUCAAACGCUUCCCACAUUCACAACACCUCCAACAACAGAGCCACCUACUGUAUGGUUGCGUCCCAUAACAACAACACCGUUCAACCAAGAAACUACAACAAAGUACAAGGAAGUAACUACCGCACACGUUCGUUCUACGACACCAUCACCGUGGGAAUGGAGAACAAUGCCACCUAUAAUACCAGUUACUUGGCAAUAUACAGUUACCUCAACAACACCAACAACGCCAUAUGUAAGCUCAACGGCGACACACACUAUUCCGUCAACCACUGUUGUCGAAACUACACGAGCCACAACAAGUCGAAACACGCCAUCAACUACGACAGACGCUAGUGAGACUACUACACUAACGACUCCAUCAACAUCAACUAGUAAAACGACUUCGGUUACAACUCCGUACCCAUCAUCAACUACGGUACAUGCUAGUACAACUACAACACAAACUGUUCCGUCUACUGUUACCACCGAAACAACCACUGCUUUAACAUCUACGAGCACACCUACAACUACCUCAUAUGUUGACACUUCGACAACACAAAGUACGCCAUCAACAACUUCUACUACAACCACUAUACGCACACCUUCAACUACCUCAUAUGUUGAAACGACAACUACAUUCACCACUCCAUCAACUACCACAAGUAAAACAUCUACAGCAACAACGGCACCAAGUACACCUUCAACUACCUCAUAUGUUGACACGACAACAACCUCUACUACUCCAUCAACAACCACAUUAUCUAGUACGACAACAGAAACAACACCUGUUCCAAUCAAAAGUACAACAUUAUUAACAACAACUGUUGAAUCAACAACUGUGCCGACCACGACUUUACGAAAAACAACUUUGACUUUACCCACAAGAGGGGCAGCCCCUGAUCCUGCAUGAUGAAAAUGAGAUCAUUUGUUUUAUUGUUUACGUCUCAUUCACGAUGAAUUCCUAAGGGAUGCAUUUUAAAGCUAGAGAAUGCAUUUCACCGUUCACCGUAUACAGUGACAAACCUGUAGCUAUGUUAUCCAUGUGUUAGUGAGAUAAUGAAAGGCACAUAUCCAAAAACUACAGAGUUGUGAAAUUAGAAAUCCAUCAAAACAUUUUGUGUACAGAUUAUUUAACUUACAAUAGAUUUGUCAAUACCAAGUACGUUUCUGGACAUUGUGUAGCUUUUAUACACCUUUUGUUUUCGUAUUACAAUGUUAUUUAAGAUAAACUGUAGUCCGAUUGUAAUGAACAAUGGCUGUCCUUACUUCUUGACAAAAAGGGGUACCAGUUUAUUGAAAAAUACUGUUGACAUCCCUGUGAAAGGUGGUGACAUUGUUGCCAAGACUGCUAUAUAGUGCUGACAUGUUGAUAUUUGACUCGAGUUGUAAAUAUGUGUUUUAUUUAUUCUGUAUUUUGUGAUUACUAUGUAUCAUAGUUCCUUUUUAUAAUUGCAACAUAAAACAGAAUG